CCUGUCUCGAACCCACGCCUAGAUUAUUACCAUCUAUUCAUCCCUUCCUUGCCAGGUGCAUUCAUUCAUCCCCCCCUGUCUUUCAUUAUUCUGAGCAACCCCUACACUGUACAUCGUGACUAUCCCUAAAACGUGCUCGGUAACCAACUUUCCCCUCUCAGAACCCUAAUCUUAUCGGGUUCUCUGUCCUCCUGACAUACUCCAUAGAACACACCCUCUUCCUCCUUUCUUUCUUUCUUUCUGUCUAUUUCUCUACCUCAUCCUUAUUUCGAUCGCUUUUCUUCCUAUUCCUGUUUUUAAAGCAAGCAUGUUCACCCGCUGUUGAUCGCGCAUUCCUCACUGCUCUCCUGACUGGUGCCAUUUGGCAGGGGGAGCAUGUGAACCCGGCUGGACCGCGUCAUUCUUCAGUCAAAGACAUCCCAUCCCGCUGCGGUUCUCGGCCCUGGAGUGCAGGCACAGGCACAGGCACCCAAUAACUAUGGCGGCCACGUUCACAUGCCAGCGCCCCGAUCUUCCUGGUGGCUCUUCCAACCAUCGUCCUCUUUCCCCUACGAUCUCUUCCCCACCGCUCAGCCCAGCGCCAGAGCAUACACCUACAUCCUAUUUGAUGACAAAAGUCCCUUCUCUCUCCAUCGUCUCACCCGGUGUGAACGAUACCAAAGAAGUCUACGCCACUACCAUCGAAGUCACCGAUAUCACCGUGGGUGCAGGCAGUCCGCCCAUCGUGUCAAUCCCCGUAGUCGAGGAGCAGCUCUCCCACGGUAUGGAGAGCACGACUGCCCCAUCGUCUUCCUCCAAACCCAACAGUCGACGGACCUCCAAACGCAAAAGAACAACCUCACCUCCAUCACCAUCAACCGCCAAAACUCCAGAUCAACUUCACUCGUCGCGACGCUCCAGUCCUCAUAGUCAACACAGCUCCAUACACUCACACCGCCGCUCCGCAACCACCGCUUCCAUAACACCGAUAUCCGAUCGAACAGCUCGCCGCGAGGACCUGAUUGCUCUACACCGUGAAUCAUGCCGUCUAUUUCAAGACGACGGGCUAUCUACAACAAAACCUAGCCAAAGAGCAUCGGCAUCGGCAUCGGCAUCUCGACCCCCAUCUUCCAGCACAUCACGUACGCCUCCACGCCCUCUCCGCUCUGUUUCCAAUGCCAGCUCCCCACCCACUUUACGAACACCACUAUCCAUCUCGACCUACCAAGACCAAGGCAACCAGAAUCAAUCCCCACGGGGUCCCGUACGCGCAGCCACCUUUAGUGCAUACGAACCAGCGUGCAUUUCACCCGUGCAACCCACAGUAACAGUAAUCGACUGGACAUCACCAUCCACACGGAGGCGCGAAUAUGAGAAAAUCGACCGCGCCAGCAGUGGCGUGCGUGGAUUCUGGCGCCGUGUAGCGCCGCGAUGGUGUCAAUUCGGAGACCACCGCACGCCGUUCUUCGAAGAAGGCAAGGACGGAAAGGGGAACUAUGAGGGGAGUGUACGGCGGUUCCGCAUGGAUUUACCAGAAGAAUGCGAGAGCAAGCGGACGGGGACGACGACGUUCCAAAAGAACUUCAAGCUGACGCGGAAGAUGGUUAUUCAUCGAAUGGGAGGACGAGUGAAGACGGCUUAACCUAUUCCAUGGAGUAUAGCCCUAGUUGUUAUCAGUCUCAAGCGUGCUUUAUUUCCGGCGGAUGAUUGAUUGAUUGAUUGCAUUUGAUACCCAGCUAGAUGCAUUCUUUUAAAAUAAUGAUAUACGAAUC